GUUUUCUGGGAAAAUAUCUAUAUAUUCUGUCCUGCAUGAAAAAAGUAGAAAAUCCUCUCGUGGCAUUCCCUCGUUUCGUGCUUCUCUCACUCUCCAAUAUAUCAGCAAUGGAAGGAAUCUCGGCGAAACAGCAAUGGCCUCAAAUUUCGAAGAACCGAUUUCAAGUACGGGACGAAUUUUCCGACGUCGCUUUUGUUGUCCAGGGCCAGAGGCUGUAUGUUAGCAAAACUGUGAUGAUGAUGCAUUCACCAGUCUUCCAGAAAAUGUUUACAGCCGAUUUCAGAGAAAAAAACCUGCAGGAGAUCCCUCUUCCACAAAAGAGAUAUGAAGUUGUCGUAAACUUUCUGGAGCAACUGUACCCUGGAGAAGGUGUCGAUUUAAUCAAAGAUGAAACCCUUGAUGACCUUCUUCAACUGGCAGAAGAGUACCAAGCAGAGCAGGUCUUUAUAAACUGCAAACAGUUCAUCGCCAAGCAGCUACAGAGGAUGACGCGUGGAAUUGGGCUAUUUUCUGUACAGGACACUGACAGACGUUUGUUUUAUCUAGAACUCGCUCAACGGUACCAAAAGCUAAGUUCAUUAAGAGAGAAUCUUAUUGCUAUGGUAAGUCAGAUUCAACUGAAAGACUUGCAACAGAGCGAACGGUUCUCAGCCUUAUCUGUAGAGCUUCAGAGAGACAUCUUAAUGCAACGUGUUAAGAUAUUCGAGGGAUGAGAGAUCAACAUUUUGGUAAACAUAGCCAUAUUUUUUAAAUAUGAUGUGCAGUGAGUUCAAAUUAGUUUAUAAGACUGUGUUGUGGAUCCAUCUACAUAAUUGUGUUGUUAGUGCCUUUAAUCUAUAGAAUUAUUUCUGCACUUAGUGAGACUAAAUGUCAGCAGUAUCUUAGACUCUCUUUCUUGUAAACAUUUCAUCUUAACAUAUGUAAGUACAGAAGUUUUUGUGCUGGUAAAAUGUAUGCACAAGUAAACCAUGUCUUUUUAUAGUAUUGUUACUCUCAUUUUCAAGGUGGUUAGCAUUUAGACUUCAAAUUGUAAAUAAAGGCUUUAUGGGUAAAUAAAGUCUGUGUGACAGAAUUAAUGAAGCAGGUUAAGGAGAGUGAGGAGGAAGGACCACUUUCUCUUGAUGCAAGUCACAUUCCAGCCGCCAAGAAACUUUCUGACAUUGUUCCACUUCCCAAAAAAGAAAAGCACAAUAGCAUCGACCUCUCUUGUAAUGAUUCCAAGAUUCCAAUUUUUAUUGAGUAGACCUGCGGCCAUUUCAAGGGGAACAACAUCAGUCAUCAUCAUUUACACUUUCAUAAACUGUAGUGUGGAAAAUAAACAUACAAUUAACUUUUAAUAGUAUAAAUAUAUAAGAUAUACAGCAACAUCAUUAUUUUACAUCCAAAAAUGAACAGUAAUUGAGAUUGAUUUUGUACACAUAAACUAAAUAAAAAAGGCAGAAUUCAACUAGGGCAAAUGAAAAUCUACUAUGUAAGAUUUGAGAUUAAGAAGUAGGCGUUUCAAUAUGUAUAAGAUUGAUUCUUUUUUUUAUUACUUUGAAAGCAUAGUAAGGUUGUGAGGAUUUAAGAAAAUAACUACACAUCUGAAAACUGCUGUACAUAGAAUCCAGUAAUAAUAAUCUCAAGACCAGUUAUUCUCAAAUUCUAUACACACAUAUAUAUACAUGCACUUCAAAAUGCAACAUUUGUGAAUAUAACUACUCUCUCUAUAUAAUAUAGGUUUUUCUUAACACCACUUUUGUACAUAUUCACCUUCCAUUCUACACACACCUCUUGUAAUGAAAACUCUGGAAACAAAUGUCAAAAAUCUUAUCCUAACAUCUAAAGGUAGCAAAUUAGACCUACUGUAAUUUGAGGUGUUCAAAAUGCCAGAUUGUUCAUUUUGACUACACUGUAUAAAAACCUGGAAAAGCCAAAAGCACAUGCAAGAUUGCUUUUUGCAUAUUUUAAUUCUGCAUUGAAUCCAGUACAACUAUAGGUUUGAGACUGAUUUUAACUUUGCACAUCUACUGGUUCUAUGGAUAUUGGAUAUUUUUGGCUCACUGACAGCUCCUUCUGCAGUCCAGCUGUUCAACCACAGAUGAAUUGUCGGCUGUGUGUGCACAUUGGUGUGUGAUGUUCUACCUGUACAUCAAGACUGAAGACUGUGUUUUUGUUUUGCUAUGAUACAUCAGUUGUCUAUUUUUAUCAUAUAACUAGCACUUUGAUAACUGAGCUCGCUUCCCAAGUUAUAAUUGCCCACUGAGAUUAAUAAAGUUUGACAUUUGUCA